CCUCAUUGUUUGUUAGACGUCUUCGGGAGACACACGCGCCAGCAACAUGACUGCUCGAGUUCUGCUUGUGUGUUUGUGCCUGACCGUAAUGGCUGUCAUGCCAUGGCCGUGCACGGCUAUGGUGGGCGGCUACGGCUACGGCUACGGCAUGCCAAUGAUGCACAUGCACUACCACCGCCACGACCACGGACACGGCCUGUACGGCUACGGCGGCCUUGGCAUGGGCUUAGGAUACGGCCACGGCUUCGGUUACGGUCACGGCUUAGGCUACGGUCCCGGCAUGUUCGGUCUCCACGCCCAUUACGGACCAUACGACUUCUUGAAGAAAUAAUUGCGCAGUCCGCCUUGUCUUUUAAAAGACAUUUGAACUUAUUAAAGCUUCUACUUAGAGUUUCAAAUAAAAUAGUGUAAGUCAGGUUAUAAAACUAAAAUAAAGAAAAG